CGCCACCGCCUCCACCCCACCCCACCCCGCCGCGCCGCGCACAGCCACAGCCCACAGCUAGCUCGAGCAACCCGGCGAACGCGCGUCGUCGUCUCUACUCUACGGUGUGUAUGAUGGCGGCGAGGUGGUGCGUGCUCGCGGCCGCGGUGGUGGCGUGGUGCGCGGCGGCGACCGGCGCCGCGGCGGCUCCGGCGGCGGCGCCGGACGCGCUGCAGACCAAGUGCCAGCAGGACUUCACGAAGCUGACCAACUGCAUGGACUACGCGACCGGGCACGAGGACGCGCCGUCGUCGACGUGCUGCGGCGACACGUCGGAGACGCAGCGGCAGCGGCCGGAGUGCCUCUGCUACAUCGUCCAGCAGGUGCACAGCGGCCGGAACGAGGUGCAGUCGCUCGGUCUCCGCUUCGACCGCCUCCUCGCCAUGCCCGCCGCCUGCAAGCUCCCCAACGCCAACGUCUCCCUCUGCAUCAACCUGCUGCACCUGACACCAAGCUCACCGGACUACGCUCUCUUCGCCAACGCCUCCAAGGUUACGCCGUCGACCAGCACCACCACCCCGGCUGCGGCCGCCACCGCCGGUGGGUUCAAGGUUCAGGCCGGGCUCAGCUACGGCGUCGCGGCGGCGGUGGCUUCUGCCGUCUUCUCCUCCAUCUUCUGAUCAGUCACUUCAACUAGCUAUAGCGGCACCACCAUUUUCUUCUUCCUCUCUUCUCCUCAAACGAAUCACGCACGAAUGCUCUGCUUGCUUUGUUGUCAUGUGGAACACGCAGAUUCCUUCUGAUGAUCUGAUCCACUACUUGUUUUGUACCCUGAUAAAUAGAUUGAGACUUGUUCUUUUUUCUUCUCUCUUGUAUUGCGUGAUGCCUAGCUACGACAUUCAGAACACUGAUACGCUGCUUGUUGGGUUUCAGACAUUUUUCUGAAUAAUGUACCAUUUUCUGAUUACUGAACACUGAUACCGGUAAUGUCAAUGUGCACUUGUCCUAAAAAAAUAAAAGUUUCAGAUAAGAUUUACUGUUGC